CGAAUCUUUCUCAUUCUCGAAGUCCUAUCCCGAUAUCCGUCACGCCAACCUUCAAUCCAGAUCGACAACGCUUCCUCGUCGACACAUACCGCAACCAUGGCGACCGAGUUGACCGUCCAGUCCGAGCGCGCUUACCAGAAGCAGCCUCACAUCUUCCAGAACUCGAAGACUCAGGCCAAGUCUAAGAAGGCUGGUCAGACCCGCCGCUGGUACAAGGAGGUUGGUCUGGGUUUCCGUACUCCCAAGACCGCCAUUGAGGGCACCUACAUCGACAAGAAGUGCCCCUUCACCGGUCUCGUCUCCAUCCGUGGCCGUAUCCUGACCGGCCGUGUUGUGUCCACCAAGAUGCACCGCACCAUUGUCAUCCGUCGUGAAUACCUCCACUACGUCCCCAAGUACAACCGUUACGAGAAGCGUCACAAGAACCUGGCUGCUCACGUCUCUCCCGCUUUCCGUGUCGAGGAGGGUGACUGGGUCACUGUCGGCCAGUGCCGUCCCUUGUCCAAGACUGUCCGCUUCAACGUUCUCCGCGUUCUGCCCCGCACCGGCAAGGCUGUCAAGUCUUUCAACAAGUUCUAA